AUGGGGAAGAAGACGCUCGUGCUGUACCCAUCGCUGGGCGUGGGCCACCUCAACCCCAUGGUGGAGCUUGCCAAGACCCUCCUGCGCCACGGCCUCGGCGUUAUCAUCGCCGUCGUCGACGCUCCAGAUACCGACGCCGUGUCUGCCGCCGCGGUCGCCCGCCUCGCGGCCGCCAACCCGGCCAUCGCGUUCCGCUUACUGCCGGUCCCGGCCAGCACCGACCACGGGGCGCACCCGGUGAAGCGCAACCUCGACACGCUCCGGCUCGCCAACCCAGCACUCCGGGACCUACUCCGCUCGACGCCUGCCGCCGACGCGCUGCUGCUCGACAUGUUCUGCGUCGACGCGCUCGACGUCGCGGCAGAGCUCGCCGUCCCCGCCUACUUCUUCUUCCCCUCCGCGGCCAGCAACCUCGCCGUGUUCCUCAACCUUCCCUACUACUACCCCACCGUGCCGUCGUUCAGGGAGAUGGGCAAGACUAGGCUCGUGCGCUGCUUCUCGGGCAUGCCGCCCAUCCGUGCCGUGGACAUGUUGCCGAUGAUCCACGACAAGGAGAGCGACGCGACCAAGGUCCGGCUCUACCAGUUCAAGCGCAUGGCGGAGGGGAGGGGCGUGCUGGUCAACAGCUUCGAUUGGCUGCAGCCCUGGGCCCUGAGAGCGCUUGACGACGGCGUCUGCGUGCCCGGCCGGCCAACGCCGAGAGUCUACUGCAUCGGGCCACUGGUCAACGACGGCCACAAGACUGCAGAGAGGGGCGGCGAGAGGCAUGAGUGCCUGGCGUGGCUGGACGCACAGCCCAGGCAGAGCGUCGUGUUCCUCUGCUUCGGUAGCAAGGGCGCCUUCGCGGCGGCACAGCUGCAGGAGAUAGCCCACGGUCUAGAGAGCUCCGGCCACCGGUUCCUAUGGGCAGUGAGGAGACCACCGGAGGAACAGAGCCAGUUCCCCGAGCCGGACUUGGAGCGGCUGCUUCCAGCGGGGUUCUUGGAGAGGACGAGGAACAGGGGCAUGGUGGUGAAGAACUGGGCGCCACAGUCAGAGGUGGUGCAGCACGAGGCGGUCGCCGCGUUCGUGACGCACUGCGGGUGGAACUCCACGCUAGAGGCCAUCAUGUCCGGAUUGCCGAUGAUCUGCUGGCCGCUGUACGCCGAGCAGCGCAUGAAUAAGGUGUUCAUGGUGGAGGAGAUGAAGAUCGCGGUCGAGAUGGAGGGAUACGAGGAGUUCGUCAAGGCAGAGGAGGUGGAAGCCAAGGUGAGGCUUGUGAUGGACACCGACCAAGGGAAGAUGCUGAGGGUGAGGCUCGCCGUCGUCAAGGAGAAGGCCAGUGAGGCCAUCCACGAAGGCGGGUCUUCUGAAGCGGCAUUCGCAAAGUUUUUGAGGGACAUGGAAGUGGAGAAAAUGCCAUAG